GGGCGAUUGCAAUUCGAACACCGAGUCUGAGAGCGGCUUCGGGUAGAGCAGAGAAGGGCAAUGGCGGCUAACUGUGCGAGAAGAACCCUACUAAUCUCUUCCGCUUCUGCCAAAGCCCUGCUAAGCCGUACUUCAUCACCUUUGGCUGCGAAAGCUUCCAAGUUGACUGGAGGACUCGCUGCUCAGAAGCGCGUAUUAUCCAGGCUUCCUGUGGAGUUGACUGGUAUGCAGCAGUCUUUGAUGCCGUUGCACAGCGUUACUGCUUCUGCCUUAUUCACUUCGUUGCUGUCUUUGCACAAUCACAAUUGGGGGUGUCUAUCGGAAGGAUUUGCAACGCCUCUAUAACAUGGCCAAUGAGUUCCUGUUCUAAGUAACCAGCCAGAUAAACACUCGCAUCGGAUUUUAUUUCAAUCCAUGUUUCUAAUUGUGGUUGCACUAGAUUCAUCGUCAGAGCAAGAUGGUUAUCUCUUUCUUCGUUUUUGUUGUUUUUUGUUUUCUUUUUUUGAAGUGUAAUGAUGGUGGUGAUCACCUUCGCCACCUUCUGAUUUAGGUUCGGUUUGGUAGUAGAGAAUUUUGAGAUGAGAAUUUUGAAUUUUAAGAUGAACUAUUAAAAUAUUAUUUUAA